AUGAGGGAUGUGGAGAUGGGAAGUGAUGAGAAACAGGAUUUCAUCAGCGAGCUUCCAAAUGAAGUCUUAACCUUCAUCCUCUCUAAACUUCGUGUUGAUGAAGCUGUGAGAUGCAACAUCCUCGCAAAAAGAUGGCUAGGUCUUUGGAAAAAAGCUCCACACAUCGAAUUCAAUGGAAAGCACAUGAUUAGACCUGUAACCCAACUUUUACAUUCUCGAGAGUCGACUAUUACUCAAGAUCCUUUUCUCUAUCCAUUUAUGAAAGGAGGAGUUUUUAGGUAUGGUUUUGUGAUUUUUCAAUUGAUGUUUCGUCACUCUAGUAACUUAUCUAGUUGUCGAUUUCUCCAUUUCAAAAAGAGCCUGUGGAUUGGAGAAGUCGAUACUUGGAUUAAGUUUCUAGUUAAUAAAAUGAAUGGACUGAAACACCUAAGUCUCGAGUGUUUACCUGAUUAUGGAGAAGAUGCUGAUGAAAUUAUGUUUGAAAAUGAAAUUUAUAAACUUUGCAUCUCACACAAAAAAUUUCAUUGUCUAUCUUCACUUGAUUUGAUCAACUAUACAAUGGAUUCUUGGUGUGCAUUUGAGGAUUGUCACAACCUCAAAAUCCUCAAACUAGAGAAGAUACACUUGGAUGAUUUUGUAUUGAGUGGGAUUCUACAAAAUUGUGUGGCAUUAGAAAAUUUCAGCCUAAUUGAAUCAACUGGGUUCACAAAACUCAUCAUCGUGAACUCAAAUCUUAAAAUUUUACGACUCCAAGCUCUAUGUGUGUGUCGUCUAGAAGUUAUUGCCCAGAACCUUGAGGUUCUAUUUCUUGAUUCUAUAACUUGUCCAGUGAAGAAUCUAUCCAUUUAUGCACCAAGUUUGAGCAAUUUCGAGUCUCAUUCAUACUCAAUUUCUUCAAUUGAAGAACGGACAUUUGUUAUGAAAUCCUAUGAUAUUAUUGCCUACUUCAUUGAUCUUUCGAUGCAACAAAGUUGUAAUAUUUUACCAAAGUUAUCAGCCAUGUCAUUGGACUUAGAUUUGAAUAAUUUAGAAGAAAUCAUGUAUCUUUCUUCUGCCCUGGGAUUAUGCACAAGUUUACAAGUUCUAGAUAUCACUCUACCGGAGUAUGACCAUAAUGAUUUUACUUUACCAUUUCUUAAGCCAACAUUGUUUUGGGAGAUGAGAUUGUGUAAAACUAUUACUCAAAAGCUGAAGUUUGUAACCAUAAGGGGGUUCAAAGGCAAAGAAAAAGAAGUUGAGUUUGCAAAGUUCCUCAUAACAAGAGCUACCAUGAUGAAGAGGAUCAAUAUAAUUUGUUAUGAUUCAAUUGAAGUUGCUGAAAACUUGCUUUCAUUGCCUAGAGCUUCACAUAAUCUCACCAUCAAUUUGAAGUGCAAUUUUAAUUAA